AUGACGCCCGAAGUAGUCUCAGAAAUUUUGCCGUCUCAAAAGGGCAUGUUUGAUUUAGUUGUUUUUGAUGAAGGGUCGCAAAUUUACGUGGAAAAAGCGAUUCCAACCAUUUUGCGUGGCCAAAAGGUGCUCGUAGCCGGCGACAACAAACAACUCCGCCCUUCCAGUUUGGGCGUAGGAAGAAUCGAGUACGACGACGAAACUGAGGAAGAGGAACAAUUCGGUUCCGAGGCUGCGCUUGAGGAAGAAAGUUUACUUGACCUUGCGUGCGCAAAGUACGACCAGACGAUGCUUGACUACCACUACCGUUCCAAGUACGAAGAAUUGAUUGCCUUCUCCAAUUACGCCUUUUACCGCGGUCGUUUGCGCGUGUCACCAAACUUUGAAAAGCCGAUUACGCCGCCAAUCGAAGUGAUAAAAGUGCCGAACGGAAUUUGGGUUAAACGCACUAACCACCAAGAAGCAGUCCAAGUUUUAAGACUGCUUAAACAAUUUCUAGACCGGAGACAAAAACAAGAAACGGUUGGUAUCAUUACCUUUAACAGCGCCCAGCGAGAUUUAAUUGAAGAUCUUAUUGAUGAAGAAUGCCGAAAAAGUCCUAAAUUUGCCACGAUCUAUAAAAAAGAAUUGGAACGAAGAAGUGCCGAAGGCGAGGAUCUAGGCAUCUUCAUUAAAAACAUUGAAAAUGUCCAAGGCGACGAAAGAGACACCAUUAUUUUCUCCUUUGCUUAUGCCAAAAACGAAAGCGGUCGAGUGGUACGUAACUUCGGUUGGUUAAACCAAGAAGGUGGCGAAAAUAGGUUGAACGUAGCUGUCACCCGGGCCAAAUUAAAAAUCUACAUCGUCACUUCGGUUAAAUCGUCAGAACUGAGAGUGGAAGACUUAAAAAACCGAGGUCCGAAAAUUCUCAAAAAAUACUUGCAAUACGCCGAAGCCAUCUCCGAUGGUAAAUCUAACGAAGCACAAAGAAUAUUACACUCUUUAAACGAUGCUCCUAGCGAAGAAGAUACGUUAACUUUUGACAGCGAGUUUGAAAUCCAAGUUUACGACGAAUUAGUGGCUCGCAAUUUUAAAGUGGAAACACAAGUCGGCAUCGGGGGCUACAGGAUUGAUCUAGCGAUUAAAAAUCACGAUCAGACCAAGUAUCUGCUGGGCAUUGAAUGCGAUGGAAAACUCUACCACAGUUCUAAAACGGCUCGGGAAAGAGAUAUCCACCGCCAAGCUUACCUAGAGUCGCGUGGUUGA